CUCUCGCGGGGAGCUUGAAUAGCCUCGACUGCCGGGCUGCCUAGUACUACGAAUAUUCCCCCCCCCCCUAUUUCCUCCGAGGCGACCAUUCGCCCACCGCCCAGGUGACUGCCGUGACAGACACCAUGCCACCUAACGUACCCACUGCCAACGAAGACCCCGAGCCGAAAACCCCGGCGGACAUGGUGGAUAGUGACCAGGACGCAGAAGGCGAAGAGGAGACCGACUUGUACCAAAUGGACCAACAGCUCCAGGACGCCGUACACCGCGCCUUCACGGGAGAGGCCGCGGAAGAUGCUGCGACUGGUGACCCCGGAGACGACCAGGACGCGGAAGGGGAGCCAGAUACCGACAUGAUUCUGGACGGCGAUCAGAAUGAUGCUGAGCCGGUGGGCGCGGUCAAACUUCCUCAAAACGGUUCGGCUGUCGACGAUGAGGAAGCGGCUUCCGGAACCGCUGACGCGGAUGCAGAUCCGGCCUUCGACAAUCAGAGUGACAGCGACCAGGAGGCCUCCCGUUCUUCGUCAAGCAGCCAGGAAUCGGAUGACGAGGAAUGGGAGGGUGAAAGCAAUGACCACGAGGAUGCGGAGGCGGAGAUCCUAAUCCGCGGCAACUGCAUCUUCUGUGACCAAGACGAAGACAAUGACCCAAGUGAAGAGUAUGAGGAAUAUUUGGCUUGCGCCGUCUGUGGCGAUCAUUCUCAUCGGCAGUGUGCCCGCGAGCAAAACGCCCUCGAUGAUGUAGAAGAUGGCAAUCCUUGGAGAUGUCCCACCUGCGUCCGUGAGAAGCUGAAGCCCAGCUCGGAAGAGGACGCCCCGACGCAACGCAAGAACCGAGAGAAGAACAUGCGCAAGGAGCUUCUACCGGCCCACACUGGAGAGGACGGCUCAGACUUCCAUUCGAUCUUCAACACGGUCACCGUCAAUGAAGAACUCUUGAAUAGCUCGCGGUCGCUUCGUAAAAGAAAGACCAUGUCUCUCUCCGCCGAGUUCGAGGAACAUACCCCCGCCCUGCGCAAGCGACAGCGCCAGUCCCCGCUGCGCUUCGACCGCGGAGUCUCGCGCGAGCAAUUGGCUGAAACCCACGAUGUUUUGUCGCCGGUGCGGACUCGUUCGCGACGCACGCGCCGGACCGAGCAAGAACACUGCCGCGUGGUGUUGAAACAGUUCGAGCGGCUCGUGCUGGCUUUCCGUCUCAACGAGUCCAAGUUGUCGAAGAUAUUCAAUGCGCAUACCAGGUCCCAGAACAGAAGCCGGAGGACCCCCAAGCCUGCCCCAGUCGUCCACGAGUCCCAGGCUCAUUUUGCGCCGAUCACACCCGCUUCUUACUACACCCCAUUUCUAUCUUUUAGUGACCGUGAAACGGACGAGUUGAAGGGUAAACCGUACGGGGGUAUCUUGUCCGAAGCCGAUGCAGAUACCUCUAAAACACUGCCGACACAUCUCGACCGCGAAAGGUUCGAGAAAGCUCGUCAAAAAGCGGAAGAAGAAUGGCAAAAACGAGCCCUGGCCGCCGAGAAUACCGGAGAAACCGUACAGCAUGCAUCGCAGAAGGUGUCUGGCCCCCCUUCUAGAAUCAAAUACAUCAACUUUGGCGGUUACGAGAUUGAGACCUGGUACGCCGCCCCAUACCCUGAGGAAUACAGCCGCAAUCGGAUCCUCUAUAUCUGCGAAUUCUGCUUGAAAUAUAUGAAUUCGGACUACGUCGCAUGGCGUCACAAGCUUAAAUGCCCGGCAAAGCACCCUCCGGGCGACGAGAUUUACCGUGAAGGCUCCAUUUCGAUCUUCGAAGUGGACGGCCGGAAGAAUCCGGUCUAUUGUCAGAAUCUCUGCUUACUCGCCAAAUUGUUCCUGGGGUCCAAAACGCUCUACUACGAUGUCGAGCCGUUUCUGUUCUACGUGAUGACGGAGUUUGAUGAUUUGGGAUGCCACUUUGUGGGUUAUUUUAGCAAAGAAAAGCGCCCGAGUUCAGCCAACAACGUUUCUUGCAUCCUCACACUGCCCAUCCAUCAACGCAAGGGCUACGGGAAUCUUCUCAUUGAUUUUUCGUACCUACUUACGCGCAUAGAAGGCAAGACGGGUUCCCCCGAGAAACCUCUAUCCGACAUGGGCCUGGUUUCGUAUCGAAACUACUGGCGGCUCAUUUUAUCGUACCAGCUACGUGAUCAGAAGGCGCCGCUGAGUAUCACCGAUCUUUCAGAGCGGACGGGAAUGACCGCCGACGACAUCGUAUCCGGCUUGGAAGCAUUGCGUGCGCUGGUCCGAGAUCCGGUGACCAAGGCCUACGCAUUGCGCCUGGACUACCAAUACUUUGAAGAGUGCAUCGCCAAUUGGGAAACCAAAGGCUAUGUGCAGCUCAACCCUGACGCACUGGUUUGGACACCCUAUAUCAUGGGUCGGAGCAACCAGUCCCAGUUCGAUCGGGCCCCGUUACACGCCGUGGCACCUCGAGAGGGACUGGAAGAGGAAGAAAGCGAGGAUGUAAAGGAGUCGGGCAACGAGGAAGAACGGCAAUCACCCGCGGAUGUUGACGGGUCCAAGGACGAUGGCCCUGGUCCGAUGGCGAAUGGGACCAAGGAGGUGCAGCUUCCGACAGAGCCUGCUGGUCCCCCUUCCACCGAUCGCCUCGGUCAUGUCAAUGGCUUCCGUCACCCAACCACGACGUCCGCGGGCUCGAGUACGCCCGCUGAGUCGAACCCUGCUGGGGAUGUACCCGCCUGGCGAUUCGAGAUAUAUCCUCCUGUGCAAGCGCCGGCCAGCAAACGGCGUCCCGGCCGACCGUUUGGUAGCAAGACCGCCAAGAUCCCUGGCACACCGAUUCCUGUGCGCACUAGUGGUCGCAAUACUCCCAGGCGAACGUCCGUGUUGGCGUCGGUGACCCCCUCGGCCAAUCCACAGAGUGUUCGACGCGGUCGUAGCGCGAAGCUGAUCGACUCGCCUGCGGUGGAAUCGACCAGCGUGGAGCCCGAUGGCAUCGGCAACGAGCCAUAUGAUGACAUGGAGAAUAUACCCGCCGACAGCCAAGCGAUCUCGUCUCAGGUCCAUGUAUCGACCGAGACCGCACUGACCAACCACGCUGUCGGUGAGGAUGAACUGCCCACGUCGAACGACUCUUCGGACCCCGGAAAUGACCAGGAGAAUGACCCCACCGAGCAUCCUGCGGUCGAGCCCGUCACCCCUUCCAAAGGCAAGGCAGUCGAGGGAAAGGCAAAGCUCUCCAAGUCAGUUAGCCGCAAGUCCUACGUGGAGAAGCUGGAGCUCGUGGUGGCAGCCGAGGACACCGCUCUCUCGACGCACGAGAACGGCGUUGUCGACAAGGCCCCGGUCAACGGCAUGGAUGCAGACGGUGACACGGUGAUGGAGACCUAAAAGUCAGACAUAC